AGUGGAAGGGCAUGAGAGGGUUGAAGGGAAACAGUUUAAUUGAGGCUUUGGAAACGUUUUGACGGGUUUUGGGCUGAAGCUAGUAAUGAAGUGCAGAGAAGGUAGUUUUUGUCGCUACAAGACUUCUUGGGAGAGUCGCUCUGACCUAAACUGACAGCCCGCAGCUUACAGUCGGAGGGGUGCAGCCACAACACGAGGAAAUGACUGAUCUCUCCCCCUCCCUCCUGCUUCCCCUUGGGUGCUGCGCGUGUUUUACAGCACCGAGCGGCGCGGGCACCGCCGCUGCCCGAGAGCCGUUGGGCGGUGCGGGAGGCGCGGAGCGGCGCUGGCCCGGCUCUGCCCCCGGCUCUGCCCCCGGCUCGCCGCUGGCCCCGGCUCGCCGCAGCCGCACGCGGGGCUCGGGCCGCUCCUCCGGGGACGGCGGGGAGCGAAGGGAGCGGGGGCGGCACGGGGCGAGCACACAGGCUACCCCCGGCCCCGGGGUGACAGAGCGGGCGCCACAGGCACCAGGAGAGCCCGACCCCACCAACGCUCCACAGCGAGGCUCGCUCCCCUCAGGGGAGAUCUGCUCAAGGGGAAAGACCCCCUCCGCCGCUGACCCCGCGCUCACCCCCGGCCGGCCGGCCGCGCUCCGCUCACCUCCAGCCCGGCACCCCCAGCCCGGCACCUCCACCGCCGCUCGCUCCAAGUGAAAGAUAAUGCCACGUACCUCAGACUUCCUGUGGACUGAUGUUGGAUGCCAUUGUUAUACAGAACUGGGCACCCUCUUCCAAAAUGAAAGGAAGGUCUGGGAAAUAAGCAUCAUCAUAUCUGGCAGGAGACCGGGCAAGAGAGCCUACCUGCAGCUGAAUUUAGGAAGGCACACUUGUUUGGAAGACCUACCUGGAGUACAAGGCCCAUCCCACCUAAUGUAGGUUUCUACUUCUCCCACUGAUGGAAGAAGGAACCAUGAGAGGGCAGAUCUGUGAAGUGACAACCUGCACUCAACAAAUCUCCCAUUUGUGGGUUUGAGGAAUAUUUUCACUAGUGAGUUUUGUCUGUAAGAGGUACUUACUCAUAAUGUAGUAAGUCAUACGUUCCUCUCUAGUACGUAAGCUUAUUUUUAGUGAAUAUGGCCCUUAGGAAAAAGGAGUAAUUGUGUGCUUUGCAAAAUACCUAUGAUUCUCCACAAGCAAAACCAGGUUUUGCUGUAGUAUGCUAAUUUAACCUAAAACAAUCUGGUUAACAAAAUUAUGCCCCUUUCAUGAUCUAAUCUUGAACACAAUUGAUUAAAUUGAUUAAUAGUUGUCAUGUCAAAAUCUAGGUUAUAAACCUCUAAGGAAAUCCAAGUAAUUUCCUGACUUUGCAAAAAAAUUUUUUUUAUUUUUUUUUUUUUUUUUU